CCUCCAUGCAGCAGUGAUGGGUCUCCAGGGUUCCCUCCGGCUCUGCUGCCUCCUUGUCCUCUUUGUCUCUAUCACUGCUCUCUCUAUAAACCACAGACCCAAAAAUCUUGGGAAUGACGCCGAUGCUGGGGAGCUAAGGGAGGAUAUUCCUCAAAUCAAUCUGGAAUCAGGACUGGACCUGUUUGAAGGGGACAUUGUGUUAACACCUCAGUCUCGCAAUGCUCUACGUGAUGACUAUUACCGAUGGAACUUCCCAAUCCCCUACAUACUGGCAGAUAACUUAGAUCUGAAUGCAAAGUCUGUUAUACUAAAGGCUUUUGAAAUGUUCCGACUUAAAUCUUGCGUGGACUUUAAACCAUACGAAGGGGAGCCUACAUAUAUCCAUUUUCAGAAAUUUGGUGGUUGCUGGUCCAUGGUUGGGGACCUGAAGACUGGACAAAACCUUUCCAUUGGGGAGAGAUGCGAUUACAAGGCCAUUGUGGAACAUGAGAUUCUUCAUGCCCUGGGCUUCUAUCAUGAACAGUCACGAUCCGACCGUGAUGACUAUGUCAAGAUCUGGUGGGAUGAGAUUACUAGUGGCAUGGAACACAAUUUUAAUAAAUAUGAGGACGACUACAUCACCGAUUUGAAUACCCCAUAUGAUUAUGAAUCUGUGAUGCAUUAUGGCCCCUUAUCCUUUAAUAAGAAUGAAAAUGUCCCAACAAUCACGGCCAAGAUAGAAGCUUUCAAUGAUAUCAUUGGGCAACGUCUGGAUUUCUCUGAAAUAGACUUAGAGCGGCUAAAUCGCAUGUACAACUGCACGGCCACACACACCCUACUGGACCAGUGCUCGUUUGAGUACAUUAAUAUAUGCGGCAUGAUUCAGGGUACCAAUGAUAAUGCCGACUGGGUCCAUGAGAAGAGCAAACCAGGUCUGGAGGAUCACACUAUAGCUGGAGGCUGCCGAGAUGCUGGCUACUUCAUGCACUUUGACACUCAUUCUGGCCCAGCUGGCAGCACUGCCCUCCUCGAGUCCCGUAUUCUGUACCCAAAGAGAUCGGAGCAGUGUCUGCAGUUCUUCUACAAGAUGGACGGAAGUCCCCAGGACAAACUGGUGAUCUGGCUACGGAUAGAUGAUGGUGCCGGAAAUGUUAGAAAGAUGAAGAAAAUUCACACCAUUUUUGGUGAUAGUGACCAUAACUGGAAAAUUGCUCACGUGACUCUCAAAGGCAAUAAAAAGUUCCGCUACGUCUUCCAAGGUGUCCAUGGCGAUAAUAAGACCAGCGGUGGUAUAUUACUUGAUGACAUCAGCCUCACCGAAACGCCAUGUCCCAAUGCUGUAUGGCACGUGCGGAAUUUCUCCAAAGUUCUGGAAACAACAAAUAAAGGGGAUCGCAUUGUGAGCCGUUGUUUCUCCAGCCCAGAAGGGUACGGAUACGGGGUAUCCAUUUACCCUCAUGGACAAGUAUCAUCGCUCUAUGUAAACUACACAGGGAUCUUUUUUCACAUGUGCAGCGGAGAGGAUGAUGAUGUCAUGGAAUGGCCAGCCUUAAACAGACAAGCUAUUAUCACAGUGCUUGACCAGGACCCAAAUGUACAGCUCAGGAUGUCGGCCAGCAGGAGUUUCACAACCUUGAGUUCUCAAGUCAUAGAAUCAAUGAAUAACAUAUCACGCUGGGAAAGGCCUUCCCUUGUAGGAGCAUAUGAUCCCGAGUGUGACUGCUACAGGUCCCUUGAGUUUGGGUGGAACACAUUUAUAUCCCAGAGCCAACUGCACAGGAGGAGCUUUUUGAAAAAUGACGAUCUGAUCCUUUUUGUGGAUUUUGAAGACCUUACGUUCCUCAGUAAAACAGAAGUACCGAUCAAGCCUGCUGCACCGCGAGAACAAGAAGUGGUUCUUGAGAGGAGCAAGCGUUCUCCACAAAAUUUUGGAGAAAACCCAUGUGAUCCCAACCCCUGUUUAAAUGGUGGAGCUUGUGUCAAUGAAAAAGAGAAGGCUACCUGCAGAUGCUCCUCCAGCCAAGCCUUCUUCUAUGCCGGGGAACAGUGUGAGUCUAUGCAGAUGCACGGGAAUGUCCUCGGGAUGCUGAUUGGAGGAGGGGCAGGUACCAUUGCCCUCACUAUUGCUAUUCUUGCCAUAAUAAGCCGAAGAUAACUGCAUUGCUUUCUGCUCAUUGGAGAGACAUUAUUACUAAUAAAAAUCUCAACAAUA